AGGGAGAUCACUCGCGCCCUUGUCUCGAAGCUGAGAAGAAAUGGAAAUGCGGAAGCAGUGACAGGAACUUUUCGGAACAUCUGUUGUUUCAAGUGACAAAAGAAGAGAGUAUCACGGCAUCAUCAUGGUCCACCGAUGGGAUCUGCGACAUCGAAUUUUUAAGUUAGGAUGCAAAGGAAUAUUGGUGUCUGCUGUGGUUUUUAUCGCUGGCUUCGCAGCCCCAGCGUGGCGAAAUGACAGGGGCUUAUGGAUGAUAUGCGAAAGCAAGUGCAUAUCUUUGUCUGAAGCAGGGAUAGGAUACAUAGCUUGGUUCGAUGCUAUGCGGGCCUUGGAAUGUUUAGCACUGUGUGCCUACAUUUUCUGCAUAGCUUUUGAGGUGUAUGAAGACUUCAUCUCAAAGAAUGCUCGUAUUGAAAGUAGGAAAGUUGAGCUUCUUGCUGCCAGUGCUGGUAUUCUUGGACUCGUGGGAAUCAUUGUCUAUUCAGCAUUUACUCCUGUAACUUCUGGAUCAAGUAGCAACUUGCUAUUUCCCCCAGUGUACCUCAACUGGGGCUUUGGAUUGGUCACUGCUGCCUCAGUGCUGGCCAUCUUGUUUUCGAUGGCGAUUGCAUAUGGACGUACCAAAGCACUCCAGGAUUUGGCCUCUGCAGCCGCUGCUGUCAAUGUUUCUGCAGCUGCUCUCGAUCCGGAUAUUAUUGCUGUGAUGUGCAGUGGAAUGGCUGGGAGACCUACAGGUGAAGGCCUUCCUCCAACAAUGCACUUCACAACCAUGCUGCAGCCUCCACCAUACAGUCUGUGCACUCAAGGACCUGGCAGCAUUGAACAGCCACCUGCUUACUCUGAGCUGGAGCAGGCAUUCAAAGGUCAAAGUUCAACUCCUGUAGAUGUCAAGCCUCCCCCCUACGUACCCCCACAGCCUGCCCUUUCCUUACCACCAUUACAGGAGGGUACUGUAGUGCCAGUAACAGAAGCCCCAGGACUGGCACCCAGACCCAGUCCACCUCCAUAUCACAGUUCAGAAAAUCGGCCAGCCGAGACCAGCUGUUCCAUGCAGAUGCGUCCUGCAGGAUUUGCCUCGGACUCCACCAGGUCAGCCUCCUCUGAAGGUCAGAGGUCAACAACACAACGUGGGCCAGUGUAUUACAUCAUGAAACAGGGUCAGUUGAUCCCAGUAUUCAUGGACAGUGAGUCAGCUGAUCCUGGGAACCAGGCACCCCAUUAGGACAUUUGACUUGCUGAAAUCAAAAGGCAAACAUAAUUUUUGAAAAAUCAAGAAAUAUAUUCAGACCUUUAAUCUUGACCUUUGUAAUUUUCUAUAAAAUGUGUGCUAAUUAUCUUUGAAGAGUAGAAUUUUAUUUUAGGUGGCUAAUUUUAUAACACUGUGUGUGUGAGAGAGAGAGAGAAAGAGCAUGAUGACUUGGCAGCCAUGAGGGGGCGUGGGCAAUCGGUGGCACGGUGGCUAAUUUUACUAAUUCAGGGGUCAUGGUUUCUAUCUCAGUUCAACACACAUCUCUCUCGAUGUGAGUUUUAUUUACAGGCUUACUGUUGGAGCUUUUCUUCUUCUCUGUGUGUGUGUGUGCAUACAUGCAUGUGAGAGACUGGAGUGAAAGAGUUAUUUGAAUGAAUUUGUACAAUUUGUACGUACUGAUGCGUUACUUAUGCAACAUCAUGUGUGUGAGCACCUAGAGCCUGCCUUUGCAGGUGAGGAAGACACUUUAUAAAUCAACAUCAUCAUUUUGAUUUGUAAAUCUCAAUGUUGUAAAGAGUCUAUAGCAGUGAUGAUACAAAACAAAACUUAGUUCUGAUUUGACUGUGCAUUCUUAGUGAUACGUUCUUUGAUUUCUUAAUCAUUGAUUAUUAAUCUAAAUUUGUUCUCUGUGUCCUUUUGAUCAUAAUGCAUAUCUUAAAUUUCAAGUGAAUAUUUUCAGUUUACUUGUGACUCUGACAUUUCAGUUAUGGCCAUUUAAAACACUGCUUGUUAUUUUUUUUGAAAAUUAUGGCCACUGCUUGCCAUGGCAAGGAACAUUAAUGACAGCUCAUUGUAAUUCAAUGGCACGAUGGAAGAAGUUGUGUCUUAGCUUAAUUGCACCUGCUUAUAUAGCAUCAUUGAUUUGUUUUUAGCAACUUUUGUGGGCUUUUUCCUUUACAUUCCUUACUAGAUAAUUAUACAUUUUGAGAGUAUGUGUGGCCCGCCUCCACAAAAUGAGUCUAAAGUCGCACAAAAUAAUCUUGUAGUAGAGGCCCAGAAAGGUGAUUAGGGUCUACUUUGUGCGAUCAGAUUUACACGCUUCAAACCUUUAUAACUCGCUCAAUUUUAUGACUAGAAGAACAACUUUAGUAAUAAAAGAUAGAUUAAAACCUAUACUAUAUGUAUAUAUACAUUUUUAAAAUAUACAAUUUGCAAAAUCUCAUAUUAUUGACUUAGGAAUAAUUGUGUGGUGGCGGGUCACAUUGUUACCUAUAAAAUUAAUAAUCUUUCUAGCCUAAUGGAUAUUCUAAUAAUGUGUAAUACCGGUAUCGUAUGUACAUUAAAUAGGAUAUCCUGUACAGUAGAUGAUGAAGCCAAUUUUAGUCCUGUAAUGAAACCUAAAAAACAGGAAAAUUUCAUGGUCAUAAAAUAUGUAGUGAUAGGUGAUAGCAUACUGACUCUCGCUGGUCAUUGCGGAUGAGUGAGGUCCAAAUUAUGCAGUAAAUAGCCUGGAUGCUGUGCGAGUAACCUUCAAUUAGUUAAAAUGUAAUUAAUGAAUCCUGUUGAUUAUAGUGUAGCGUAUACUACAUGCAGUCCCAUAUGGUUUAGGUAAGCAAGCUAUAUUUCAGUGUAUGUUCUUGGAGCUAAAGUGUGCUAUGACAAAUAAAAAAAUAUGCAUUCACUUCUUAUUUAUUGUCGUCUGUAAUCUAUAAACAGAACAACAGUUCUCAUAGUAGUUACGGCAAUGUAUUUGAGUUGGUGCUUACUUACAUAGAUGUGAGGAAAUGUGAGUGGGGUUCACAUAAUGCAGUCAUGUAAACAGCAAUGCAGGCUUGUAAUGCAUCUUUAGUGUUCUGUUCUGUGUCUCUCACAGUGCUAUGAUCAAUUGAUUCAGCCUCAUGACUGCCAUGUGAACUGUAUGUCCUGUGGAAAUCAUAUUUAAUUUUACAUCCUUUGUUAUUGUUUUUAUAAUUUUUGAAGUUUUUAAAUAUUUCAUGUCUGGUAAUUGGGAAACUAUUUUUUUCUUUCUUAUACCAUUUGAGGCUGAAGUUACACUUCCAGUUGCAUGAGUACAUAUCACUAUAUCAUAUUAAGUGAUCUUGUUUACAUGAUGUGCUACCACAUAUCACAUAGCAUACGAACAAAUGGCAUAGGGUACCAGACUGUUUUGCUCUCGAUUGUUGAACUGUGAUUAUAUAUUAGUUGUGACUUGGGAAAACAAUAAAGAAGAAUUUGUAGGAGUUUUUUUUUUUUUGACAGCUGUAUAAAAAAAGCCAUGUUUUUAGAGACACAGCUUUUUCACAAUUCUUAUAACUUCACACUCUCCCAGUUUUAUGGGACAGGAAGUUUUUAAAUGCAGUUGUCUUCUAUGCUUUGAAAAGUAUAGUUAUUUUUUUUUUGAUGAUAUUCAGUGGUUGUGAUCUUUCAUGUGAACGCAUGUAUGCGUGUUUGUGUGUGUAUAAGAGAAAGGAAAUUCUGUGGAAAAUGUUACUGUGCAUAUUUUUAACUGUUAUCUUCUUGAGCAACUUGGUGUUAUUGUUAUAUGGCUGAGUGUGAGGGUUCUUAAUUUUAACGUGGCAGUUUGAUUUCUUAAUUAAAGAGAAAACCACUUAAAAAAAAGUAGUUAAUUGCCAAUCUGUUACAGGGUUUUCUGGAAAAUAAUAGCUUUUAUUUUCAAUGUUCUUUUAAGAAUGAAUGUAUUCCUAGACAUCCCAGAAUGAAGGAAAUCGUAGUGCUUGAAAUAUAUAUUUUGAUGUCUCCAGAUAUUAUUUUCUCUCUUUUGUUUUUGUACCGCAAUGUUUGUUAGCAGCUCAAAACAGUGGUCUUUUGCAGUGCACACAGGUUAAACAUCUCAGUUUUUCUUAUAAAUGACCUGUCCUCACAAAAAUGAUUGUAACAGGCGAUUAGUCUCUCUUCACAAGUGACUUAGGUAUGGACCCUUUCAACUGAUUAUACCCUCAAUUGUUUCUAAGAUAAGCCAUUCGGCAGGAAUCUUUUGUCUGAAGAAAGAAUUCAGACCUAGGGCCUAAGGCAUGCAUUAAGAGAGUCUAUAUCGAUUUAAUUCGAGAGAUAAGAGAUGAUAUUGUGACAGUUGGGAAAGAGGAAUAUGUCUUGUAUAUAGUUUCUUUGCGUUGCUGCUUGUAUAACUCAACAUUGUUAUGCUGAUGUUGAUACUGUGGAGAAGCUGUGCAUGAAGGUGCAGCCAGACUCAGCACAAAAACAUUUAGGACCUGGUGAACUACAGCCAGUGAUCGGGUAAGAUUUGUGCAUUUUUGUUUUUUAGUUUCAUUUUGAACUGUAUUCAUGCUUGCAACUAAAUAAAAAAUACAUAUCAUUAA